ACUGUGCCUCCUGCUGCCUGAGCUGCUAGCACCAUGAGGGUCAUCUCUGGCGCCAGCCUUGUACUCUGUGGUCUGUUUCUGCUGCUCCAGAACCCAGGCACCUGCGGUCUGGCCCCCCAGUCCAGAGGGCAUCUCUGCCGGACCCGGCCCACGGACCUGGUGUUUCUGGUGGACAGCUCGCGCAGUGUGCGGCCUUCAGAGUUUGAGAAGGUGAAAGUCUUCCUGUCCCAGGUCAUCGAGUCUCUGGAUGUGGGGCCCAAUGCCACCCGGGUGGGUGUGGUCAACUACGCCAGCUCCGUGAAGCAGGAGUUCCCGCUGCGGGCCCACCACUCCAAGGCUGCGCUGCUGCAGGCCGUGCGCCGCAUCCAGCCGCUGUCCACUGGCACCAUGACCGGCCUGGCCAUCCAGUUCGCCGUCACCAAGGCCUUCAGCGAUGCUGAGGGUGGACGGGUCCGGUCUCCCCACAUCAGCAAGGUGGUCAUCGUGGUGACAGAUGGAAGGCCCCAGGACAGCGUGCGGGACGUGUCUGCCAGGGCCCAGGCCAGUGGCAUCGAGCUGUUUGCCAUUGGUGUGGGCCGUGUGGACAAGGCCACGCUGCGGCAGAUCGCCAGCGAGCCUCAGGAUGAGCACGUCGACUACGUGGAGAGCUACAAUGUUAUCGAGAAGCUGUCCAAGAAGUUCCAGGAGGCCUUCUGCGUGGUGUCAGACCUGUGUGCCACAGGGGACCAUGACUGUGAGCAGGUGUGCGUCAGCUCCCCGGGAUCCUAUACCUGCGCUUGUCGUGAGGGCUUCACACUGAACAGCGAUGGCAAGACCUGCAAUGUGUGCAGCGGUGGUGGUGGCAGCUCGGCCAUUGACCUGGUCUUCCUCAUUGAUGGAUCCAAGAGUGUGAGGCCAGAGAACUUUGAGCUGGUGAAGAAGUUCAUUAACCAGAUCGUGGACACGCUGGAUGUUUCCGAUAAGUUGGCCCAGGUGGGACUGGUGCAGUACUCGAGCUCUGUGCGUCAGGAGUUCCCGCUGGGCCGCUUCCACACCAAGAAGGACAUCAAGGCAGCGGUGCGGAACAUGUCCUACAUGGAGAAAGGCACCAUGACCGGGGCUGCCCUCAAGUAUCUCAUUGACAACUCCUUCACCAUCUCCAGUGGGGCUCGGCCUGGUGCCCAGAAGGUGGGCAUUGUCUUCACUGAUGGCCGGAGCCAGGACUACAUUAAUGACGCUGCCAAAAAGGCCAAGGACCUUGGAUUUAAGAUGUUUGCUGUGGGUGUGGGUAAUGCAGUGGAGGAUGAAUUGAGGGAAAUUGCCUCAGAGCCUGUGGCAGAGCACUCCUUCUACACAGCUGACUUCAAGACCAUCAACCAGAUUGGCAAGAAAUUACAAAUGAAGAUCUGCGUGGAGGAAGAUCCAUGUGCCUGUGAGUCCAUGGUGAAAUUCCAGGCCAAAGUGGAGGGGUUGCUGCAGGCUCUGACCAGGAAGCUGGAAGCAGUGAGCAAGCGGCUGGGUAUCCUGGAGAACAGAAUUGUCUAA